GCGGGGUAUCUUCGGCGGGCUAGUGUGGCCCAACUGACCCAGGAGCUGGGCACUGCCUUCUUCCAGCAGCAGCAGCUUCCAGCUGCUAUGGCAGACACCUUCCUGGAGCACCUCUGCCUACUGGACAUUGACUCCGAGCCCGUGGCUGCUCGCAGUACCAGCAUCAUUGCCACCAUCGGGCCGGCAUCUCGCUCCGUGGAGCGCCUCAAGGAGAUGAUCAAGGCCGGGAUGAACAUUGCGCGACUCAAUUUCUCCCACGGCUCCCACGAGGUGCAGGACGGGCCGCCGGGCGGUGGGUGGGGCAGGAGGAUGCCUCGAGGUCCUGGCCACCUUCCCCUGAAACCCUCGCUCCGCUCCCUCCCCCAGUACCACGCUGAGUCCAUCGCCAACGUCCGGGAGGCGGUGGAGAGCUUUGCAGCUUCCCCGCUCAGCUACCGGCCCGUGGCCAUCGCCCUGGACACCAAGGGACCGGAGAUCCGCACUGGGAUCCUGCAGGGGGGUCCGGAGUCGGAAGUGGAGCUGGUGAAGGGCUCCCAGGUGCUGGUGACUGUGGACCCCGCGUUUCGGACGCGGGGGAACGCGAACACCGUGUGGGUGGACUACCCCAAUAUUGUCGGGGUCGUGCCGGUGGGGGGCCGCAUCUACAUUGACGACGGGCUCAUCUCCCUAGUGGUCCAGAAAAUCGGCCCAGAGGGACUGGUGACGCAAGUGGAGAACGGUGGCGUCCUGGGCAGCCGUAAGGGCGUGAACUUGCCGGGGGCCCAGGUGGACUUGCCCGGGCUGUCCGAGCAGGACGUCCGGGACCUGCGCUUCGGGGUGGAGCAUGGAGUGGACAUCGUGUUUGCCUCCUUUGUGCGGAAAGCCAGCGAUGUGGCUGCUGUCAGGGCUGCUCUGGGGCCAGAAGGACAGGACAUCAAGAUCAUCAGCAAAAUUGAGAACCACGAAGGCGUGAAGAGGUUUGAUGAAAUCCUGGAGGUGAGCGACGGCAUUAUGGUGGCACGGGGGGACCUAGGCAUCGAGAUUCCAGCAGAGAAGGUUUUCCUGGCUCAGAAGAUGAUGAUUGGGCGCUGCAACUUGGCGGGCAAGCCUGUUGUCUGUGCCACACAGAUGCUGGAGAGCAUGAUUACCAAGCCCCGGCCAACGAGGGCAGAGACAAGCGAUGUGGCCAAUGCUGUGCUAGAUGGGGCCGACUGCAUCAUGCUGUCAGGGGAGACUGCCAAAGGCAACUUCCCUGUGGAAGCCGUGAAGAUGCAGCAUGCGAUUGCCCGGGAGGCAGAGGCUGCAGUGUACCACCGGCAGCUGUUUGAGGAGCUACGUCGGGCAGCGCCACUGAGCCGUGAUCCCACUGAGGUCAUCGCCAUUGGCGCCGUGGAGGCUGCCUUCAAGUGCUGUGCUGCUGCCAUCAUCGUACUGACCACAACUGGCCGCUCAGCCCAGCUUCUGUCUCAGUACCGACCUCGGGCAGCAGUCAUUGCUGUCACCCGCUCUGCCCAAGCUGCCCGCCAGGUCCACUUAUGCCGAGGAGUCUUCCCCUUGCUUUACCGUGAACCUCCAGAAGCCAUCUGGGCAGAUGACGUAGAUCGCCGGGUGCAAUUUGGCAUUGAAAGUGGAAAGCUCCGUGGCUUCCUCCGUGUUGGAGACCUGGUGAUUGUGGUGACAGGCUGGCGACCUGGCUCCGGGUACACCAACAUCAUGCGGGUGCUGAGCAUAUCCUGAGACGCCCCUCCCUCCUCUGGCCCAGCCUACCCCUGUAUCCCAUCCCUUCCUCCCCAGUCUACGUCCUCCAGCCCACACCCCUCCAAAGCCUCACCUUUAAGUCCUCUCUUCUCUAUUCCUGAACCUCCCUACCUGAGGCCUAUCUGAGACUAUAUCUGCCAUCUAGCCCCAUUCGAGGUUGCCCCUUCCCCAUCUCCAUUUCACACAGGUCCUGAAAGUCUGUGUCCAAUUAUGCACUGGCCACCCGACAGCACCAACUGUACAUUCCCUGCAUCCAAUCCACUCAGCAGGCCCUAAGAUGCCUUGAGCCUUUAAUCCCAGUUUGGCUGGUUAAUUCCAUAACCCCAGACAUCUCAUCCCUUGGGAUCGGGGAGAAGGGAGACAGGGAAAUCUUGUCCACAGUCUCCCAUUCUCAUAUGUGGCCCUCAUGAUAAUCUGGGCAUCUCGUGCCAGGGCAGGCUACCCUUUCAUCGUGACUAACAGUGACAUGAUAGUCCACGCUUUGGAGAAAACUGGGUGGGAUGGAUGCUGGGGAGAAGGGAGGGCUGGGCAGCUGAUUUUGUCACUGUCUUCACAACCUCUGUGCUGGGCUUGUAGACCACUGUCCUGGCUCCUCUCAUGCCCACCUGAUACCUUGCUUGGUCAAAUCCCCGGCUGCUUCCUUCUGCACCCAGAAAUUCCUUCCCACUCACUUUGUUCCCACACACAAACCAAGAGCCAAAAAUGAGUGUGUCUAUUUUAUAUUUAAACCCAGCUGUUUGGAAGCAAUUAUAAAACUUCUCCCACACACCAACAACCCCAGAACUCCCCACCCAGAAGGAAAGGAGACUUGGGGUCCUGGCCCCACAGUCUCUAAUGCUGUAGAGUAGCAGAGGGGACAGACAGAGUGAGUGAGUGUGGUAAAGGACUACUCUUGUCCCUGAGAAGGCAGAGGUGCUGGCUGGCCUGCCCUUCCCCAGGCUUGGAUACCUUGGGCCUUUCCCUUACUCCUGCACCAACAGCAAACUCA